AAAAAAAGAAACGGAAGAGGAAGAGUUUACGUUGUUCAACUUCUUCUUCUCUGUGGCAGUUUUUAUUGCUUUAUUCUCUGAUUUUACAGAUUUAUCGAGUCGCAAGCGUGUCUCUGGAGAACGAUAGUAAACCUCGGUUAAAAAAAAAUGCGUUGCCAUGAGGUAAGAGGUUGGACAUUUCCGGGUAUAGUGGGGGCGUUUCUUGAUCUCUCUGUAGCUUUCUCGCUACUUUGCGCCUCUUCUCUCGUUUACUUAACCUCCAAGCUGCUCGGUGUAUUCGGUUUGAACCUCCCUUGCCCUUGUGAUGGCAUGUUCAGUGACCCUCUUAAGAACAAGUGUUUCCAACAGACUUUAGUGAAUCUUCCUGUGGAAAAGGUCUCUUCUGUGCAAAGAUCCGUGAGAAAUAAAACACCUUUUGAUUCAGUUCUGUAUAAAGAAGCAAAUGGUGAGUGCGUUGGUAAGAAGAGAAAAGGAGACGUUGAGUUUGAGAAAGAGGUCUUUGGUACUCCUUGUCCUGUGAAGGAGGUUGAGAAGGCUUCGUGUUUCGAUCUUCUAACUUCGCAGAGUUUGAAGAAAGGAAGUUUUAAAGUUAAGAGUAAGCGUCUGAGCUUCCACAGGUCACCACCGUAUGGUCUCAAAAGUAAGAACUCACCUGCAAGCGUCAUGGACUGUUUGAACGAUCCUCUUCUUGCUAACUCCAAAGAUUGUGGAAAAGCCUUGGAGGAUGUUUCGUUGAGGAAAAGUGUCUCACUUUGUUCAAUUGGGUGUGAAGAGGGUGCUCAUAACAAACAACCAGAGAGGACACUUUCAUGGGCGGGAGAGGGGAAUGAGAGUCUUGAACAGUUGCUUGCGGAAGAACGAGCUUCUCGUGCUGCAUUAGCUCUAGAACUCGAGAAAGAGAGAAAUGCUGCGGCCACUGCCGCGGACGAGGCUUUAGGUAUGAUAUUGAGGCUACAGGAGGAGAAAGCGUCGAUAGAGAUGGAAGCUAGGCAGUAUCAGCGGAUGAUAGAGGAGAAGUCUGCUUUUGACUCUGAAGAGAUGAGCAUUCUCAAAGAAAUCUUGCUGAGGAGGGAGAGGGAGAAACAUUUCUUGGAGAAAGAAGUUGACACUUACAGACAAAUGUUUCUUGAGACUGAGCAACCUCUUCCCAUCACACCAGAUUCAAAACCAGGAUUGCAAACACCACAACAGACGACUGACUCUUUUGGAUUUGAGAUCUUCACUAAUCAGAUGGACAAUCGUAUUCUUGAUUAUGAUGAGGAAAUGAAGGUCAAUGGAGUAGACCAAGGUCCAGAGAUUGUUACAGAACAGCAAGAACGAGAGGAGGGCACUUCAUUUUCAGAACCAUUGGCUGAGUUUAAGAAUGUUGGUGAGGACUCCCACGACAUUGAUUGUUGUGUACAUGAUAUCUAUGUGGUGAAAGAUGAAGAUAACAAAGUGCAACUGAAUGUUCCUUCGGACCAUGUCUUACGUGAUCUCAAACUGGAUAGAUCACAAAGUGUUUUAGGUUGUGGGCUUCCACCGACGUGUCCACAAGGACAAAGGAUCUUGUCUCCAAAUAUGCGCAGAAACUCAAUGUCAGCUGUUGACUAUGAGAGACUGAAAAUAGAGAGUGAAGUUGGUUUGCUGAGAGGACGUUUAAGAGCUGUACAGAAGGGCAGAGAGAAGAUCAGUUUUGGAGAUAAAACAAGUCGGUUUUGGGAGGCUAGAAGAUCGGAACCUAUCAACUCUUCAAGCCCCUCUUCCACUAUGGUAAAAGCUAUGUCUAUGUCAUUGGACCUGCAUAGCGCUUGAAAGUUGAAACUACAAGGUAUGAAUUUACUGGCAUAACACAACUUAAAUAUACAGUAUGGGCAGGGCAACACAUUGUAGUUUGCACAAUGUCUGCCAAACUCUAAUGUUGGUUUUUUGCUUGGAUAAUGAGAUCUGUUAAGAGUUUUUGUCUCAAGACAUUGUACCAUAAACGGUGUCGUUUCGAGCUGAAUUGUGACGCUUUUGUGGCGGUCUUUAAUUAUUAGAUGGUCGGAAAACCUUC